AUGAGGAUCGAGACGUGCUAUUUCUGUUCGCGCCCAGCCUACCCGGGCAAGGGCAUAUCAUUCGUCAGGAACGAUGCGCGCGUAUUCCGCUUUUGCAGGAGCAAAUGCCACAAGAACUUCAAAAUGAAGCGCAACCCCCGCAAGCUCAAGUGGACCAAGGCCUUCCGCAAGGCGGCCGGCAAGGAGAUGACGGUGGACUCGACGCUGCAGCUGGCGGCGCGGCGCAACGUGCCGGUGCGGUACAACCGCGAGCUGGUGCAGAAGACGCUCAAGGCCAUGGAGCGCAUAUCCGAGAUCCGGUCGCGGCGCGAGCGCGUCUUCUACCGGCGCCGCAUGGCCGGGCGGCGCGAGCGCGAGGUGGCGGCGGCGCGCAAGCUCGUGGCCGAGGGCGAGCACCUGCUCCCGCGCCUGCGCGGGUCCGAGAAGCGCCGCAUCGCCGAGGAGAAGGGCAUCCCCGUCGACGAGGUCGAGGCGCUCACGCUCGACCAGAUGCUCGAGCUCAAGAGCGGCGGCAAGAAGCGCGCCGGCAAGGUGUUUGGCAGGGAGGUGCUGCGCCAGAGGGUCCGGGCCGACGGCGGCGUCGACACGGUGGUCGAGAGGACGACGGGGGUAGCCGGGGAGGACGAGGACGACGACGACGACGGGGGCGACAGCGACGAGGACGAUGCGGACGGCAUGGAUACGGACUGA